UCCCUUGUGGUUGGAGGGUUCCUAGGUGGAAGAUGAGGCGCUCUAAGGGAGGCACGAGCGGAGUCUUGGCCCCGCCUGCAGUCAGUGCCCGCCUACCCGGAGGGGAGCCCGUGGCUGUCAAUCAUUACGGUUGCGGAGGAACGGCCCCGUGUCUCGAGUCGACGUCACUGAGGCUACACGCUUGUGUUCGAAGGUGGAGCGGGGUCAGAGAGAUUGCUACUGUCACACAAUCGGAUACAUUGAGCGAGAUUGAUACAGUGACACAAAACGGAUACACCGGGACAGAUUCAUACAUUGACUGACUCACUGAUUCGCGCCGAACCUGGGGGCCAUGGAGCGGCGUUGGCACCAGGACCAAGGCCAGGACACUGCCAGCAGCGAGAAUGGCCAUGCCAGCAGUCUGAGGAACGGCAGGAACCCGCAGCAGAUUCCAGUGGAUGAGGAAGAAAGUGCCAUUGAUGACUGCAAAAAAAUGGGGACACUCUUUGGGGAAAUCAACAAAUGCCUGCUCAGUAUUGGCUUUUCACGGAUGCAUUUUGGGUCCCGUGUUGUUGAGCCAGUUGUAAUGAUUUUCUUUUGGGUCAUGCUGGGUUUCCUUGGUUUACAAGCUUUAACAUUGGUGGGAGCUCUCUGCCUUAUUAUUAUUUUCAUCCAGGAAUAAAAAGUGUAAAAAAAAGUCUAUGAAAUUCUUUUUUCUACUUUGUGAAUGUUAUGUAAUUAUGUUAAAAAUUUGUAUUAAUAUUGUAUAUAUUUAUAAAUAUAUACAUAUAAAAUGCACAAGAAAAUAUACAACUUUUUAAGUAUUGCAAUAUAUAAUCUUUUUAAGCAUUUUUAAUCUCCUUUGCAAAAAUUGUACUGUAUAUAUGCAAUAUUUACAAGGCUUUGGCUGAAAUAUAGUAUUUUUAUUGAAUAUUUUCAUCUUUGGGGCAAAAUACUAAUGUCUCAAAGAUCUUUCGUUCAGAAAAGCUCAGGGCAUGAAGUAUGAGAAAUAUUUGUUGUGUUCUUUGAGGUUCUUGUUAAUUAUUGUAAAGUUAUUUUUACUCCAUGUUUGAAGGAAAAUGUUUGCACAAGUAUCAGAUUUAUCUUUUCAUUUCCAAAAAUAGGUGAAGUGAAAUAUUGUUUGAAAUGUAUUUUUCUCCUCAUGCAAGUUUUGAUUUUAUCAAUACUCCAAAAUCUGCUUUGCCAAAAUAAAACAUUUUGUAAAUGAGAAAAG